GAAGCCAGGCAAGCGCAGCUGGCGGCGGAUCCAUGAGAGCAGAACUAACGGCUGUGAUCAAACCUCACUUCCUCGAUCCAACGGACUUAAACACAACAGCGCUUACACCUCCAUAAAAAAACACUCACUCUCCUAAACCUUCCUCUUAGACCCUAACCGUCUCCCUCUCCAUAUCCUUCUCUCCCUCUCCUUCUCUAAGCUCUCAGAUUUAUUUACAAUUUAAUUUAUAAAGAGAGAAAAAUAAAUAUUAUUUAUAUUCUUACACCAUUUUUUUUUUAUUUAAUAACAAUAAGAUGCAAUCCAGCGGUUCUGAUUCACAGACACAGCAAGAGCAGAAUCAACGGCAACAGCCGCCGCCUCCACCGCAGCAACAACAGUGGAUACCUAUACAGUACCCGGCGGCGGCUAUGGUAAUGCAGCAUCAAAUCAUACCGCCUCAGCAUUAUGGACCGCCGCGUCCACAACACUACCUGGCUGCCGCGUACCACCAGUACCAGCCGCAUCACCACCAUCUCCCGCAUGUACAACAACACACACAGAAGCAACAAAGAGAAGGGUCUGGGGAGAAUAAAACUAUAUGGAUUGGUGAUCUCCAUCACUGGAUGGAUGAAAAUUAUUUACAUUCCUGCUUUGUUUCCACUGGCGAGAUUGCUUCUAUCAAGGUUAUUCGCAAUAAGCAGACAGGUUUGUCCGAGGGCUAUGGAUUUGUGGAAUUUCUUACGCAUGCCACAGCUGAGAAAGUUCUACAGAACUAUGGUGGCAUUUUGAUGCCUAACACAGAACAGCCUUUUCGCCUCAAUUGGGCAACAUUUAGCACGGGUGAUAAGCGAUCAGAUAAUGCUCCUGAUCUUUCUAUAUUUGUAGGAGAUUUAGCUGCAGAUGUUACCGAUAGUUUGUUGCAGGAAACUUUUGUUAGCAAAUAUCCAUCCGUUAAAGCUGCAAAAGUUGUAUUUGACGCCAACACUGGCCGUUCAAAAGGUUAUGGUUUUGUGAGGUUUGGAGAUGAUAGUGAAAGAACACAGGCAAUGACUGAAAUGAAUGGUGUGUAUUGUUCGAGCAGGCCUAUGCGUAUUGGUGCUGCUACUCCCAGGAAGUCCUCUGGAUAUCAGCAACAAGGUGGAUAUGGAUCAAAUGGUGCCUCUGCCCAAGGCUUCCAAUCAGAUGGUGAUUCCAACAAUACAACAAUAUUUGUUGGAGGGCUUGACCCCAACGUCACUGAUGAAGAUCUCAAGCAGCCUUUCUCACAGUAUGGUGAGAUAGUGUCCGUUAAAAUUCCAGUCGGUAAAGGAUGUGGGUUUGUACAAUUUGCCAACAGGGAUAAUGCUGAAGAAGCAUUGCAGAAGUUGAAUGGAACAGUAAUUGGCAAGCAAACAGUGCGUCUUUCUUGGGGACGCAAUCCAGCAAAUAAGCAGUUUAGAGCAGAUUUUGGUAGCCCAUGGAAUGGGGCAUACUAUGGAGGACAGGUUUAUGAUGGUUAUGGAUAUGCUCUGCCACCGCCUCAUGAUCCAAGCAUGUAUGCUGCAGCAGCUGCGGCAUAUGGGGCUUACCCUAUAUAUGGCAGCCACCAGCAGCAAGUAAGCUGAGUGAAUUGCACCACGAAACAACACGGUAAUCAGUAUUUAUCAUGCUAGAAGGGGAAAACUUGGCUCAUUUCUCUGCAGUUCUAUUGGUUCUGUAGAUUUCUUAUAAAUCCCUCCAAUUUGUGGAGUGGAACUGAAUUUUGAUGACAUGAGGUAGUUUUGCAGGGAUUUAAUCGAUCAUUUGCUUAGAAUUACACUAGUUGGAAAGAAACUUUUAUCUAUUGGAAUAGAUUAGUUUGCAGGGUGCUGUCUUGAAUAAAAGUUGUGCUCUAGCGCGCAUCUGCCAAGCUCUUUUCCACA